GGAUGGGAGCUGUUCUUCGUAUCACAUGCGUAAAGAUAUUCGCCGGUUCAAAUUACCUAGGUAUGUUCUAUGUGGAUAAUUAGCUGACUCGGCCGUGUUGGCGGUACACCUGCAGCGCCACUUAGCGCCCGUUUUACAAGAGGCGUGCCAAUCAAGCCCUGAUGUAGUCGUAUAUUGGUCAUGGGCAUAUGUCGUGCCACCGUCACCUUCGACGGAGGUUUUCGUGCGUAUCUACUUGAGUAUGUGAAGACACAAUGUAUCGCCGAUACCUUAGAUGGCAAACUUGCACGGAUGGAAAUUCGAUAGCCCGCACGGUGAUGUACGGGUGAUGUACGAAGUACGAUACAGUGAACUAAUAACGACCACUGUAUAGGUGCAUGUGCUUGGCGAGCUAGCUUGUAUGAGCUGAGUUUCGACCUGUUAUUGCUACAAACUAUCUUCAAAUCAUUCAAGAACUUCACCACCUCCCAUGGAAUUUUGAUCCAAGGACAUCAAAAUACAUCCCCUCCUCGACAAACUCAAUCUGGUAUGGAGACGCCAGAUAAAUAUCAGGAUAUACUAGAUAUUAGGGAAUGGGGAGAGAUCGAUGCCAACUGGAAGCCCGCGUCGCAUCGUUCGGUGACGAAAGGCUUGAGCUACUUUAAAAAAUUACCAAGGCCGAUCAAGUCCCUUCUAUCGCUGCUAUGGCCCAGCAAGAAAGGGGGCACAGGGAACCUACGUCCGACAGCAUAUUUAGAUGGCUUACGGGGUUUCGCAGCUUUCUUGGUGUAUUGGCAUCAUCACCAGUUGUGGGCUCAUCACCAGAACGAACCUUUCGAGGAUGCGUUUGGAUAUAAUAACAAGCAUUACCUCGUCGCUUUUCAUGGAAUACGGACUUUUUUUACUGGCGGCCACUACUCCGUCUCCACCUUCUUCGUCAUUUCUGGCUACGUUCUAUCGACAAAACCAUUAAACCUGAUACAUAAUCAGGAGUACGUAAAGCUUGGCGACAAUGUGGCAUCUGCUUUAUUCAGACGAUGGUUACGCCUCUAUCUUCCGCUCAUUGCUGUGACUUUCCUUUACAUGACGUCGUGGCAUCUCUUCAAAAUAUGGGCCGUUAAUGCCCAGCCCAAAGGGACCUGGAUGGAUGAGCUCUGGUUUUGGUAUGUCGAACUCAAGAAUUUCAGCUUCCUGUACAACCAAGGUGGUGACCCUUGGAUCAGCUACCAGUACCAUGCUUGGUCAAUUCAGAUUGAGUUUAAAGGAUCCGUCGUCAUAUACAGUUGUUUACUGGCGCUUUCGAGGUUGACUAAAAAUGCCCGAUUAUGGUGCCAAAUCGCCCUAAUAAUCUAUUUCAUGUAUGUUGCAGAUGGUUGGUACGCAGCAAUGUUCAUAUCUGGCAUGCUACUCUGCGACCUCGAUCUACUCAACGCAAGAAACGAGCUCCCUUAUAUUUUCACCAAGUUAAAGCCGGCCAAAAACUUCAUCUUUUACCAUCUCUUCGCAUUUAGCAUCUAUCUUGGCGGUGUCCCAUCCGUCAAUAUGGAUGUUAAUCGCCUUAGGAAUUCACGGGGUUGGUACUAUCUCUCGUAUCUUAAACCCCAAGCCGUAUUCGACUAUAAAUGGUUCUACUUGUUUUGGGCGGCGACUUUCCUCGUUGCCUCUAUACCCCGGAUUCCGUGGCUCAGGCAAUUUUUCGAAACCCGAUUCUGUCAAUAUCUUGGCCGCAUAUCUUUCGCGCUAUACUUGGUACAUGGACCUAUUCUGUGGACUAUCGGCGAUAGGUUAUAUACAGCUACGGGAUGGUAUCAGGAUGCUCAACUGACCAAUAUACCUUGGUGGGUGGACGUACUCAAGUUACCUAAGAUUGGUCUAUUUGGACUCGAGUUGUCUUUUCUGGUGCCACACGUUAUUCUCCUGCCACUUAGCAUUUGGGUAGCUGAGCUCGUCACUAAGUUGAUUGACGAACCUAGUGUUCGAUUUACGCAAUGGUUGUAUCGGUACCUGUUACCUGGGCCAAUUAAAACACAAGGAGGAUUCCGAGGUAUCUAGCAAAAGUAGAUGUGGCGUUAGUACUAAGUGUAGCAAACAUUCGUCAAUGGGGGAUGAGCUGAUUUGAGUUUCCCUGAUUUCCAAUGAAACGGGCUGAAGAAUGGUGAAUGGUAGUGUAAGUGGCGUCGUUUAUGCCUUGCCGCUCCGAACUUGUGUAGCCAAUAUAACUAGAAAAAGACCGAGACAAAGGCUACAGCCGCUAGCACAAGUAGUGAUGGAAAGUCUUAGUGGUGGACGUAGUUGGAGACUAUUGCCCGAUUAGGAAAGUAAUCGACGGUACGGUAGUGCUACCCGAGAUUCAGAAGGGAGGGGGGAAGGUGUGAACUACUUGUAAAGCUUGAUUAAAAUAGACAGGGGAGGAGUGCGGGGAGGCCAUGGGGAAUGAACUAGCACAUGUCAAAUUAUGAACUUAGCUCGUUUCUUAUUUCCCCAAAUUCUUCA